GAACACGUUGGCUUGAUCGGCUAGAGCUGCUGGUUGAUACUAAGGAAACAGGACAAAUAUGAACCAGCGUGGAGGUGUUAUAAACAGUUGUGUGUGUGUAUGAAGAGUGGUAAAUGAGGUUAGUUUGUAAGUCGCGUCUUGUUCGCGAUGUUCUUCUUGUCGGUUUCUAAAAAUAACUUGGCGGUGUGUGCGCGAGGGCACGUAGCGCACUGUGCGAGAAGUGUGUGUUGGGCAAUUCCUGCGUCAUGGCGGCAGCAGACAGGUGUGUGUGUGAGGGUAGAACUGAAGUUGCUGCAGAGACUUAAAAACAGCGUCUCCUCUGUCGCCCAGUGGUCCAGCUACACACAAUAUCACACACCCCCCCCACAGGACACGCACAUCCCCAGCCCAACGACCCCUGAGGUUAGCGCCCAUGCGCUAAAGGGUCCCAACGAAAGCGUCACCCGAUCUUGUCGCCGCAGAGGUCACGAGAGGACGCAGGGUAACGACAGCCGCUUUAGGUUUUACCCUACGGAUCACUCGUCUAACUCUCAUGUUCUCCUGGGGUUGAGGUUGUUCCCAUUGAGUUCUGGUGUGUUUCCAGGCUGGAGAGGUCUCUGUAGUGGAAAACCCCGUGAGACCCCAGCCGACUGCACACCUGGAGUGGACCUGAGGGAAACCACCCAGCCAGCUGAUGGACCAUCUGAUCUUGGUCAAGGACUGUUCAAGUUUAAAGAACUGUAUGAGAACCCGUGGACCAUCCCCAACCUGCUGUGUGUGUGUCGCAUCGCACUGGCUCCAGUCCUGGGAGUCCUGAUAACUGAGCAACACUUUCACCUCUCCCUUGGGCUGUUUGCUUUGGCUGGAUUUACUGACGUGCUGGAUGGUUAUAUAGCCCGUAACUGGCCCAGUCAGAAGUCUGCGCUGGGCAGCGCACUUGACCCAUUGGCUGAUAAAAUCCUCAUCAGCGUUCUCUACAUAAGUCUCACCUACGCACAGCUCAUCCCAGCUCCCCUGACAGCGUUGGUGAUAGCCAGAGACGUUGGUCUGAUAGCAGCUGUUUUCUACGUCAGAUACAAGACUGUCCCACCUCCUGUGACUCUCAGUAAGUUUUUUAACCCCUGCUACACAACAGCGCAGCUCAAACCCACCACCCUCAGCAAGGUGAACACAGCGAUCCAACUCUUCCUAGUAGCAGCAUCGUUGGCCUCACCUGUCUUUCACUACACAGACAGUCCGCUCCUGCAAGCCCUAUGGUAUAUCACAGCGGUAACGACGACUGUGUCAGGCUACAGCUACUAUCACUAUGGCAUGAAGACUGUCGCUGUGCUCAACAGCACCAAGUAACCAUGGCAACUCAGCAAACACCAAGUAACGGUUGCAACUUAAUACACUCCACAGCCAUUGAUGCGCCUGAGUACUCAAGUUGAACACACACACCCACUUGUUUGGAAAGACUCCAAAAUUAACUAUGAGUGUGUAUUUUUAAUCUCAGUAUUGCCAUGGGAACCGUUUUGUAUCUGAUGAAUGUGAUUAAACCAUGAUCCUGCUCUCCCGCCGUAGGUAUCAACUCCUUGUUUAGAUUGCUAGUAUGGUCUGUAAAGAAGAUCAGGAUUCUGCAAGGGGGUGUGUGUGUGUGGUGGGAAUUUUAAACGUGUAUGCGAUGGGGACGUUUUCAACAUUGCCACCAAUUGUACCAAGAAGGUUUAGUGUGUCAAAGCUGUGUGUUAGGGACAUCUGCUGGUCUACUGAAGUCACCAGCUGUUGAUUAUGAGAUUGACUAUUGCUAUUUGUAUUGCCAUUCGUUUUUUUAAAUUUAAUUUAACUAGGCAAGUCAGUUAUGAACACAUUCUUAUUUACAAUGACGGCCUACCCCGGCCAAACCCUCCCCUAACCCGGCUGACGCUGGGCCAAUUGUGCGCCGCCCUAUGGGACUCCCGAUCACGGGCCAGUUGUGAUACAGCCCGGAAUCGAACCAGGCUCUGUAGUGACGCCUCUAGCACUGAGAUGCUGCGCCACUCGGGAGUUCUGUCUCCUAGCUUAGGGAUUUCUCCAGUACAGCAGGUUUAGUCAAACCCUUGGAAGCCCAGGGUUCAGUGAGACAAGAUUUGGAAGGAUGGCUGUGCAAGGCUAGUCAAACUGCAACAUCAGUAAUAUUGGAAAGAAACAUGAUUUAAUGAGGCUUCAAAUGAUCAGUGGUGUAAAGUACUUAAGUAAAAAUACCCCCCAAAACUACUUUAGUACUUUCAAGUAUCUGUACUUUACUAUUUAAAUUUGACAACUUUUACUCCUACAUUCCUAAAGAAAAUGUACUUUCUCUGUACAUUUUCCCUGAAACCAAAGUACUCAUUACAUUUUGAAUGCUUAGCAGGACAGGAAAAUGGUCUAAUUCACGUACUUAAAGAGAGAAUCCCUGGUCAUCCCUAUUGCAUCUUAUUUGGCAGACUCACUAAACACACGCUUUGUUUGUAAAUUUAUGUCUGAGUGUUGGAAUGUGCCCCUAGCUACCCGUAAAUAAAAUCGUGCAGUCUGGUUUGAUUAAUGUAAGGAAUUUAAAAUUAUUUAUACUUUUGAUACUUAUAUCUAAAGCCAAAUACUUUGACUUUUACUCAUGUAGGAUUUUACUGGGUGACUUUUACUUGAGACUUUGUCUAUUAAAUGUAUAUUUACUUUCAAGUAUGAAAAUUGGGUACUUUUCCCACCACUGCAAAUUAUACCAGGUGAUAUUUCAUCAGCACAUUACAUCAGAUUUGUAGUGUUUUGGAAACUUGAAAAGCAGUGAGGGUCACUACAAUUUACAAAUGUAUUAAAUCAUUAAUUUAUCCAGG